AUGAAGCGCUUUGGUGCAUCUGCGCUGCGGCGCCGAGGCGCGGCGACGACUACGACGACAACGACGCCGACGCGCGAACCACCCCGCGGCCGGGUCACAGCCGCCGCCGGCGAGCAGCACCAGAGAUGCAUCUCCUCCAAGACGCGCCCGGCGAGGCCGCGGACGGCCAUCUUCUUUCCAGGCCAAGGCACGCAAAAGGUCGGCAUGCUCACGCCCUGGCUCGAGGCCUUCCCCUCCACCGCGUCCCACAUCAUCGACGAGAUCGACCACCACGUCGGGUACAAGCUGUCCGACGUGAUCCAGCACGGGCCGUCCAAGGUCCUGACGCAGACGACCAACGCGCAGCCCGCCAUCAUGGCCACGUCCAUCUGCAUCCUGCGGAUCCUCGAGCGCGAGUUCGGCUUCCGCGCCGCCGACCACUUCGACUACACGCUCGGCCACUCCCUCGGCGAGUUCGCCGCGCUUGUCGCGGGCGGGUACAUGCACUUCGAGGACAGCCUGUACCUGGUGCAGCGCCGCGCGGAGGCCAUGUCCGAGGCGACGCGUCGCGCGGUGCACGACUACGGCGGCGAGUACGGCAUGGUGGCCGUCAUCACCGAGCCCGAGUACCUGACGGGGCUCAUCGACGCCAUCCGCGCCUUUGUCGGCCACUCGAGCGAGGGCGGCAAGGCCGAGAGCAGCGAGGACGUGCCCCCCAUCGAGCAGGUCCUCAUUGCCAACAUCAACAGCAAGAACCAGAUCGUCCUGAGCGGCAACCUCGAGCGCAUCAAGACGCUCAUCGCGCACGUGCGCCAGUUCCUCGGGCACGAUCCGCGGGCCGUGCGCCUGCAUAGCGACAGCCCCUUCCACAGCCCCAUCAUGAAGCCCGCAGUGGCCGUUAUGCGCACGCUGCUGGACCGCAAGAGCCGCGUCGCGGGCCGCGAGGGCGAGGACAUGGUGACGUUCCCCGCGAAGAUCCCGUGCAUCAGCAACGUCACGGCACGGCCGUUCCAGAGCAAGGAGCAGCUCAAGGAGCUGCUGGCCCGCGGCUGCCUCGAGACGGUGCGCUGGUGGGACAGCAUCCGCUACCUGGACCAGAGAGCCAAGGUGCGGCGCUGGGUCGGCAUCGGGCCCGGCAAGGUCGGCCGCAACCUGGUCGGCAAGGAGGUGGGCGUCAGAGGCCGGGACCUGGUCAAGGGCGGCGGCGUGUGGGCCAUUACGGACCCCUCCGAGGUCGAGGAGGUGCUGAGGGGCCUCGAGGAGACGGCCGGUAUCGUUGACGAAGAAGGUUACUAA